UGUUUUUACGUGUCUGGUACGCACAUACUCAACUAAGUGGCCGUGUAGUUCUAUUAAGCUGAUGUAUGACUGAUAUCGACAUUUCGUAGUUUGUGUAUGUAUAGGUAAGGAGACACAAAUCAAUGAAUAAUAAAACAUUAACCAGCACUGGGGUGCCUGGAUGUGAUUGAGCUACAGCGAUCUGUCCAGGAGCUACAUCGCUGAAAUUUAUCACCAGUCCAAUCGUGGGUUUGGUCAACGUGGAGAAUAUGAAGCUCCUUCCUUCACUGCUGAUGCUGUUCUGUUUACUUAGACAUGGACCGAUGGGUGAAGUCAGUGCAGUGUCUCCUGAGAACACCACUCUGGUCAGCUCUUUGCAAAACAGCACCAGGACUCCAUUCCAGGUUACCGAGGAAUGCAACUUAAGCCUGGAGACUCAGCAAGCAGUUGGUGGCGCUAUAGCUCAAUUGGGGCUAAAGCUACUGGAGAAUCUGCAGCCUGGACCUGACCAACCAAAUGUCGUUCUGUCUCCACUGAGUAUUUCUCUUGCACUUUCACAGUUAGCUUUGGGUGCCAGGAACGAGACAGAGGAGCAGCUGUUAGGAGCUUUACAUGCAGAUUUGUUAUCUGACUAUUAUAAAACUUUAAGCUGCCUCCAAGAACAACUCAUCGUCAAGGCCAUUAAAGUGGCCUCUCGUAUCUACCUCAAACCAGGCUUUGACCUGAAAAAGGACUUUCUGGAAAGAUCCCUUCACCUGUUCAGAUCCGCACCCACACCACUCACUUCUGUAGAAGAAGUUAAUCAGUGGGUCGAGGAGGCCACCGAUGAUCACAUCAAGAACUUUCUGUCCAUUCUUCCACCCAGUGUGGUCUUGAUGUUGAUAAACGCAGUUCAUUUUAAAGGUGAGUGGAAGUCUCGCUUUGACGCACGCUUUACUGCCAAGGAUCUUUUUUACAUUGACAGACAGACCUCUGUAAAGGUGGACAUGAUGAUGGGAUCCAAAUAUCCUCUCAGCAUGUUUGUGGAUGGAGAGCAAGGCAUACAGGUUGCCCGAUUCCCUUUUCAGGGAAAUGUAAGCUUCCUGGUAGUCAUGCCCCUGUCAUCACAGAAUUUGUCAAGAGCAGCUGCCAACCUAAACAUCGCUGAUCUGUAUCGACGUCUUCCAAGUGAGAAACCAAUGCUUGUUAAACUGCCCAAGUUCAAACUGGAAUAUAAUCAGGAUUUGCAACAAGCACUCACAAACAUGGGUUUGGGUACACUCUUCUCUGGGCCUGAUCUCUCUGGUAUUGCAGUGGGCCCACUUGUAGUGUCUGGUGUGCAGCAUGCCUCCAGCAUAGAGCUAAAUGAGGAGGGAGCUGAGGCCUCAGCUGCUACCUCGGUCACUCUGGUGCGCACCAUCCCCAUUUUUGCAGUCAACAUGCCGUUCAUCUUUGCUAUAGUGGAUGAUGUCUCACACACACCUCUCUUCCUUGGCACGGUCACCAAUCCAAAUCCUGGCGCAACAGCCGAAUUAAGCGACGACCCAGAAAUCUUAGGUCUUCUGAGCAGCAACAUGCCAAGCGAUAAGCCACAGAAUGAUGAUCCGUACUGGGAUAACAUGCUGCAUGACGAGUCUCAGUGAAGGAGGAAAACAAAAGUGACUCCCCAAACAUUAGAACUGGGUGGGGGGGGUAGGGGGGGGGGGGGUGAGGGUUGGGAUUGGCCUGAGAGGAGCACAGAAAUGCAUGGACCUCUCCCAGUCACACACUCUACCUACACAUGCACGUUUUUAUUAUAUGAUCAGCCAUAAUGCCACAGGACGUGGAUUAAAAACUAGCGAAUGACUUUACACUAACGUUACAGUUUUAUAUUCCAUUUGUAAUGAAAUGUCAGUCAUAUAUUCAAUCACUUUUCUUUUUUUUUUUCAUUUUGUUUUUUUUUUUGUCGUUGUUUUGUUUUGUGCUUCUUCCUCUUUCUUUUUCUUUUUGUCAUAAGAAACUGCAUGUUGUCAGGAGGUUGAGG